GUCUCAUCCUCUGCAAUCAAUUUAUUAAUCUGGCAAACAAUUGUUGCAGAUUAACCACCAGCUAUCGGGCUGGUCCUUAUCGCCUACCUCCUUAUUUUCAUCGUUUCUGAUAGAGCCAUACUUUCUAUCCAUUCGUUGGUGAUGGAGCUCGCAGAAUGGUCGCCUGUCCUAUCUGCGGCAAGCCCGUAAAACAAUGCAACAUCAACAACCACAUUGACUCCAAUUGCGUCGACAACAUUGAAUCAGAAAAUGGCGCAACACCAGUCUCGUCCUUCUUCAAGACGCCCAUCGGCAAACGCGAUGCCCCCGCGUCGUUCUCCUCGUCCUCUCAGCCCGUCCAGUCUCCGAGCGACUCGCGAUCGAAUACCUCACUGAAACGAUCAUUCGAUGCCAUCGCCUCCACGCAACCGCAAUCACAACCACAAUCGCUGUCCAACGGCCACAGACCUGUUCAUCAACAAAGUGGCACUGAUACACAUACGCAGGCUCCGAGCAAGAGAUCUAAAACAAGCGCCUUCGAAAAAGCCGCCCCUUUAGCCGAGCGCAUGCGCCCGAAGACCCUUGACGACGUGUACGGACAGGAACUUGUAGGCUCGGUCGGCGUGCUAAGAGGUCUAAUCGAACAGGACCGCGUGCCGAGUAUGAUCCUCUGGGGUGGCGCAGGAACCGGCAAAACCACCAUCGCACGAGUCAUAGCGAGCAUGGUCGGCUCUCGCUUCGUCGAGAUCAAUAGCACGAGCUCUGGGGUUAGCGAAUGCAAGAAGAUCUUCGCCGAAGCACGCAGCGAGCUUGGCCUGACAGGUCGCAAAACCAUUAUCUUCUGCGACGAGAUCCACCGUUUCUCCAAAAGUCAGCAGGAUGUGUUCCUGGGUCCCGUGGAAGCCGGGCACGUCACGCUUAUCGGCGCGACGACCGAGAAUCCUUCAUUUAAAGUGCAGAAUGCACUGCUCUCGCGGUGCCGCACGUUCACUUUGCAGAAAUUGACGGAUGACCAUAUCUGUCAGAUUCUGACAAGGGCGCUCGAGGCCGAGAGGGACACGUACAGUCCUUCAGAUCUGGUGAAUGACGAACUGAUUCAGUAUCUGUCUGCGUUUGCGGACGGGGAUGCGCGCACGGCGUUGAAUCUACUGGAGUUGGCCAUGGAUUUGUCUAAGCGCGAUGGGAUGGAUAUGCAGACUUUGAAACAGGGCCUGACGAGGACGCUUGUGUACGACCGGGCAGGCGAUCAGCAUUACGAUACGAUUUCGGCCUUUCACAAGUCUGUCAGGGGAGGUGAUGCGGACGCUGCGCUGUAUUAUCUUGCUAGGAUGAUUCAGUCGGGCGAAGACGCACUGUAUAUCGCGCGUCGGAUGAUUGUGAUUGCUUCGGAGGAUGUUGGCCUCGCGGAUCAGACGAUGCUGCCGCUUGCUACGGCCGCGUAUACGGCGGCGCAGGUGGUGGGCAUGCCGGAGGCGAGGAUCAACCUUGCGCAUGUCACGGUUGCAUUGUGUCUGGCGCCCAAAUCAACGAGAGCGUAUCGAGGCUUGGGCAAUGCGAUGAGCGCAUUGCAAGAACCUGGUAUUGCGGGGUUGCCUAUCCCAAUUCAUUUGAGAAAUGCGCCGACACGGUUGAUGAAGGAGCUUGGAUAUGGGAAGGAGUACAAGUAUAAUCCGAAUUACAAGGAUGGAAUGGUGAAGCAGGAGUACUUGCCUGAUGCGCUGAAGGGGCGGAAGUUCCUGGAGGAUGUUGAUCUGGGUGAGAAGAUUGAUGAGGAUCUGCUGCUGGAUGAAAAGCUGGAGAAGAAGAUCAAUGGUAAUGAUCAUGCUGGUUGAAGUGGGGCCGUUCUGGAUGACACUGAAGAUGGACGGCACACACGCAGGAGUCUUGGAGAUCCAGUGGACGCCAUGUUUGAGCCCGAAGUGUUCGCCGACGGGGGCACGCAUGGCCGACAGGUAUUGACGACGC